CGCUUAACUUCCCAUUUGGGUCACAGAAUCUGAUGGGUCACACAUUUUGGCGUCGCCCGAUGUUAUGCCGAGUUUUGCCUGCCUACCGAGAAUUGCAUGCAUCCCAAAUAAUGCUUAUAAACGCUGUAAUAUUCUUUGUGGGCUUCAUCAAUGGUGGUAAAUGAUUCGAAGUAUAUAAUUUAUGAACGUUUAGAGUUUCUGCAAAUGUAUCUGUAACGUUAGCUCUUAAAAUAUUACAUGUGUGUUCUUUGCUCCUGGACAGCUUCCUUCUCUUCACACUCUUCAAGAGUCCUCCUGGUCCACUUACUGGGAGAAACAGUCAACGGGUAUUAAACUUUAAUGAUAGGAGGGGGUUAUGGACGCCGAUUUUAUCAGGGGAACUAUUAGAUUUUGGUGUUGGACAUGAACCUGCUGGGCUGUGGAAUUGAGGACGGAAGGGUUGAAAAGGCCCAUAAAAACCUCAGGAGUCACCAGCUGGGGGCGUCCACGGCUUCCUGUACGCCAUGUGCAGCCUCUCCUCCUCCGGCACAGAAAAAGAAAGAGCAGCUGCUUCUCACAUCACCAGCCUUUGCUCUGUCAUCCCCCUCCUCCUCCUCCCUCCUCCCUCAGGAAAGGGGAGCGCCACACCCUGCCAGCCAAUCAGAGCUCGGCUCCACCUUCUCCAUCACCUCAUCUCAGUUUCCAAGUGGGAUUGCCACAACAUCAAAGGCACCUCCCUCCCUCCCUCUCUCUCCCUCUCUCUCUGCAUCCUCCAACAUCCGACACUCAGGAAGAGAAGAAGAAGGGAACGAGAUGGACUAA